AUGCCUGUCACUAUCAGGAAGAUUGUGUACGCUUGCAGUCACGAGCUGCCCAACCCGAGCUUUCAAGCUCCAAAGAAGCCCUCGAUGAUGAAGCGUAUCAAGCGAGCCCUCACGAUCACCGAAACAAUCCGCACACCCUCCUUGGAGUUGUGUCCGUAUUGUCAACGGGAGGAAGAAGAGAAGGCGCAACGAGACGCCGAGAAACGUAGAACACAGGCGCCUACGCGAUCGGAGACGAGCCCCCGACAUGGCCACCCUCUGCCACCUGCACAACGACCACAAACGAUUCCCAGCCAACUAAGACGGUACAACACCGUAGCUGCGCAAAGACCGGUAUCACCGGUAUCGCCAGUCUCGCCGGUCUCGGAAAGGGGGUUUGAAUCGGACGCAGACCUGAACUCCGGUCUUCCUUCCCGGAAUCCCUACCGGGAUUCCAACAUGGAACGUCUCACAGCAGAGUACCAUGCACGGGACAUGGAAGAACGGUUAAGGGAUAGUCUUGCACGGGAGUCGCCGGCGGAUAAGAGAGCGCGGUUGUUUCGGGAGGAGAAAGUCCGGAAGGAGUGGAAAGCGCGAGAUGCGGCGAGAGAGUACAAUGAGUUCAUCAAGAACCAAGCGCCACCGGCUGCUCGUCCUACGGAUCUCAAGGAGCUCUUUAUCCAAGCUCGCACCCCUCACACCUCCAUGGCGCCUCCGAAGGAAGCCGAGGCCCCGAAACUUGAUCUACGCGCCAGAGCGGCGAAGAUCAAAGAGGAGAAGGCGAUCAAGGAGCAGAGGACAAAAGCUCGUUGUCAGCUCGUGCGGAAGGAGUAA